GAGCGUUCCCACGCCCCGCGUCCGCCGGGAGCGGGGAUGGAGGCGGGAGCGGGGCCGGGAGCGGGGCCGGGAGCGGGGCCCUGGAUCGCCUGCGUGGUGACCGGCGCUUCUCGGGGCUUCGGGCGCAGCCUGGCAAGGCUGCUGGCUCCGCGGCUGGGCUCGGGCUCGCUGCUGGUGCUGGUGGCGCGUUCGGCGGCGGCGCUGGCCGAGCUGGCGGCCGAGCUGCGGGGCAGCGGCCCCGGCCUGCGGGUGGAGUGCGUGGCCGCCGACCUGGGCUGCCAGGAGGGGCUGCGGCGGGUGGUCGGUGCCUUGCAGGAGCUGCUGCCCACCGUCCCGCCCGGCCGCCUGCUCCUCGUCAACAACGCCGGCUCCCUGGGAGACAUCUCCAAAUCCUUCCUCGACCUCACCGACCCGGAUGAGAUCAACAGCUACUUUGCCUUCAACGUCACCUCGGCACUGUGCCUCACCUCUGCAGCCCUGCAAGCCUUUGGGACACGGCCUGGCUCGAGCAGGACGGUGGUGAACAUCUCCUCCCUCUGUGCUGUGAAGCCCUUCAAGAACUGGGCCCUGUACUGCAGCGGGAAGGCUGCCCGGGACAUGAUGUUCCAGGUCUUGGCACUCGAGGAGCCCGAUGUCCGUGUGCUCAGCUACGCUCCGGGUCCUCUGGACACAGACAUGCAGCUCUUGGCCCGCACCAAGACUGGAGACCCUGAGAUGCGUCAGUUUUUCCAGAGCCUGCAGCAGAGCCAGCAGCUGAUAGACUGCACCGUGUCAGCCCAGAAGCUGGUGAAUCUCCUGGAGGAAAACACCUUCCCCUCUGGUGCCCACGUGGAUUUCUACGAAAUCUGAGCUUCUCUCACUUCUACCUUUGCCUUCAUGCUUUGCUUUCUUCUUCUGUCCACCGAGCUGCUUCUUGGGUGCCUCCAGCAUCUUGGGUGAUCUGGCCUGAGUCCUGAGUGCUGUGCAGCUUUCAGGAGAAGACCUCUGGGUGUCUUAUAAUACUUUUAUCGCCCUGAUGGGGCUGGGGAGCAGUUAGUGCUUCACUGCUCUCUGUAGCUGUGGAGCCCUGCUGGGUACUCACUGGCUGGAGCAGGGAAUUCUCAGAAUCUGGGGAUGAAGGAGGAAAGGUGGCUUUUCCAAGGAAAUGGGCAUGGAGCUUAAAGCUCUCCUGUGCAGCAGUGUGUCUGAGCCAAAGAGGUACCAAGACACAUGAGGCCAGGUCAGAAAGCCACCCCAGAAGGUCUCAAAGAAGCCAACAGAAGGGUUAGAGCUGAGCGUCCCUGUGUCUGUCCCCAUUGCCCCACAGGAGCUGCUUGCUCAGCACCUGAGCAAGUCACCAAAGGACAAAAGAGUCAUUCCCAGGGCUGGAAGUAGUAGCUGUUACCUUAGAGCUCUGACUCUCCAUCCCCCAUCUCACCGUGGCUUGUCCAGACUCCUGCAGUUCUGGAAUCGUCUCUGUGGGUUUUGUGCACGAAGAUGUGGAGCAAAGCCCAUCCCUGUGUUUUUUGCACAAAGGCAAUAAAUCACCAGGAGAGGAAGCUGGCCAUGGAGAAGACAAAUUUUGGGUGCCUGACUGGGGUCACCAGCCUAUUCAACCUGUCCCCAGGUGCAGCAUGGGUUAGAGCUCAUCUGAGACACAGCCCUGAGUUCAUCCCAUGCUCCUGUUGUCAGGUUCUGGCCCCAAGCCUGGGUUUGGGGCUUCAGCCCCUCCUGUAGGUGUUUAACCUUAUUUUUCCAUGAAGUUCCAGAUGGCAGAGGUCCUUCUAGAAAGUGGCUGAUCUGCAGUGUGUGUUGAUGGAGGAAAGUCACUUUGAAGCUCAGUGGCAUCUCCUGCGUGUCCUGGAAGUGCCCAGUGUUCCUCUGGGGUCAGUGACAGCAGCCUUCCUGCAGUCCUCUCUCUCAACCCUGCAUCUCAAAUUUAGUCCACUUUGAUCUACAAUCAUUAAAGGUUUCAUGUCUA